AUGGUCGACCCCUCGGACGUCGAGGAGCAGAGCAAGUGUAAGGGCCCGCAGCUGGAGGCCCCCGCCGUGGUCCAGGACGACCCCCGCCUGCCGGAGCAAACCGACGGCGCCACCACAGAGGAGGAGGGAGACGCCGGCUUUGAGACGCCGCCCACCGGCAGCUCCGAGCCCAGCCCCCAGCAUGUUCCGUCGGCGGCGAAGCCGGAGGUCACCUCUCAGGAGGCGGGGCUUCCUCAGACGCACGAGGACCUGCCCCCCAAGAUGCACCUGGACCUGUACAACUUCGACUCCCCGGCGGCGGAGGGCAGCCGCUACGUGCUGACCAGCCCGCGCUCGCUGGAGGCGUGCGCCCGAUGCGGCGUCAAACCCGUGGAGCUGCUGCCCCGCCCCCUCGCAGACUUCAUCCGGGAGUCCCCGGGUCACUCCAUGCGGGUCGCCACGGGCCUGUUCGAGGUCUACGAGAAGGACCGGCACGCCAAGCUGCGGCAGUGCCGGGAGGAGCGGGAGCGGAUCGUCCGCGAGGAGAAGAGGAGGAUCCUGCAGGCGGCGGUCAACAGCGGCGGCGACAGAACCUCCCCCGGACCCCCAGAACCGGGGGCGCCCACCAGAUGCUCCAGAGAGGGCAUCAACACCUCGCCAAAGCGGUUUACGCCGCCCUCAAAGACCGCCUCCGUGACAUCAUCCUCCAAGAGCGGACCGACCGCCAGACCGGCGGAACAAACGAAAGCCCCCCGACCGCUCUCCGGCCCCCCCCCAGCAGGGAAGAAGCCCUCCGCCGGUAAAUCCUCCAACACCUUCCCCAGAUCCACGCCCAGACCGCCCUCCUUCCCCAGAGCCAACUCCACUCUGACGAGUCAAGCCCCGCCCCCGAACGGCGCCCCCAGAGCGCCCUUCUCCCAGCACAACGGACACCUGCACUCCAAGCUGCGAGGAAAGAGCCACUCGCUGGAGUCCCUGCAGAGACGCAAGGACCCCUUCUGCUCCUCCACCUCCACCACCACCUGCACCUCCUCCGAGUCCGGGGCCUCCUCCUCCUACAGCUGGGACGGGGCGCGGGACCGCUGGGCCAAAGCGUCCAGCCCCCGAGCUCGCACUCUGGCCACCUUCAACUCGCUGAUGGGCCGCAGCCUGAGCCUGGGCGACCUGAGCCACUCCCCCCAGACCACGCAGAAGGUGGAGCGCAUUGUGAAGGAGGUGAAGCGGCGAGGCCUGAAGGCCGUGUCCGAGCGCGACCGCAAGAUCGCCGCCCUGAUGCUCGCCAGGUACCAGGAGGAGGACAUCAUGAGUCAGACGCGCUACGUGGCCCACCUGCAGUGGGACAGCGAGCGGCGCAUGGAGGAGCUGCGGCGGGAGCAGGAGGAGCGCGAGAAGCAGCGCGCCGUGCAGCAGUGCCAGCGGGUGUGGCACACGCAGGUGUCCAUCCGGCAGCGCAGGAUCAGCAUGCAGGAGCGCCAGUCCGCCGCCGCCAAGAUGCGGCAGGUGGAGGAGAACGAGGAGCGGUGGAAGGAGCUGGCGGAGCAGCAGGAGCGCAGCCGUCUGCUGAAGCUCCAGCAGGCGGCGCGGGAGGAGAAGCACAAGAAGGCCCUGCAGGAGCAGAACCUGAAGGCCCUGGAGGAGGAGCGGGCCGCCGUGCUGGAGCAGGAGCGGCUCCUCCUGGAGGAGAAGCUCACCAUGGCCGAGCUGAAGCGGCAGGAGAAGGAGCACCAGGCGCAGCAGGAGCGGCAGGGCCUGAACAAGGCGGAGAGGAGGCGCCACGCCGCCCUCAUCCAGGAGAUCGCUCGCAGGGAGCAGGAGGAGAGGGAGGAGGCCAAGAGGGCGGCCGAGGAGAAGCUGAAGCGCUCCUUCGACAACUACGGGCAGAUCGUGGAGAAGCGAGGGCAGGAGCUGAAGGAGAAGGCCAAGCGUGAGGAGAAGCAAAUCCAGAAGGCUCGGAGGGCGGCGGAGAAACGCGAGCGGGAGCAGAAGCAGCAGCUGGAGGCGCGCGUCAAGGAGGCGGAGAAACGGGCCCAGCAGGCGGCGCUGGUGGCCGAGGAGCGCGCCAAGGAGAAGGCCCAGAGGGCGGUGCAGAGCCGGCAGGAGAAGGAGCGCCUGCAGAGGCUGAACCGGCGGCGCGUGGAGGAGGAGGAGCGCCAGCGGCGCCUGGAGCUGCUGCAGUCCAUCGAGAGGAAGCUGGAGAAGAGCGAGCAGAUCUUCAGGGAGAAGAAGGCGGUGCUGGAGAGCGCCCGCUCCGUGGCGCGCGCCUCCUUCCACGUGCGCGACAAAGUGAGGGAGGAGACCAACAUGCGCACGUUUGAUAAGAUGGUGCUGGAGGCUCAGCUAAAAGCCAGCCUGGACGAGAAGCAGCAGCAGUAGCUUCCUCCUCCUCCUCCUCCUCCUCCUCCUCCUCGCCUCCCAUCAGCUCCAACCAAACCUUCAUCUCACGGAUGCAUUAGACUGAAUGAUGGACAGCAGACCCCCCGCCCCCCCUGCGCUGGACUCUGAAAAGCGCCGUUGUUCACCAGGAAGCACAAGUCCUGAGGCUUUCAGGAGUGAAGGAGGCGGUCUGAUGGACCUCCUCUGUGGCUCCGCCCCCAGCUCACGCCUCAAGAUCCUGGAGAUGAUGAAGAGUAAACCCUCCUGCUUCACUGAAGACUCUGUCCCCAAAUCAAAGCUUUCAGCUGCAGAGAUCUCCUCGGCUUCAGACCGCCUCAACCAUCGAACCAGCAGCUCCAUCCAGACCUCCCGUCCCUCCAGGUGGAUCCUCACCUGUGGGCUCUGCUUCCGUCUCACGUCUGCAUCCUCAUCUUUUCUACUGUAACUCGUUUCAGGUGUACUAAUAUCAUGAAGUUAGAACCAUCAGUGUUCCUAUGGACUUUUGUAGUGAACCACAUAAUCAGUGCAAACAAUCAAAACUGGAAAAUAAACGUUUUCCGUCGUGGAAUCGACGCUUCUUUGAUGUUUGUUUGGAUUCUUCAUUAAAACCCCUAAAUCUGA